AUGGCUGGCGUCGUAAAGAGCGCUCUCCCCUCGCACCUGAAGCCUGCCGGCCAGAACAGCGGCGACGACAACGGCUUUGAGAAGCGUCAUCAUGGCAAGACUCGUAGCCACAUGGCUUUCGAAAACACCUCUACCAAUGUCGCGGCAGCUCAGAUGCGCAAUGCCCUCACCAACCUCGCCGAGACUGUCGAGGACCCUAAUGACAAGAAGCUGUUUGAGACCGAGAUGGACAACUUCUUCUCGCUAUUCCGUCGCUAUCUAAACGACAAAGCUAAAGGCAAUGCCGUCGACUGGGACCGUAUUGCUCCCCCAGCACAGGGUCAGGUUGUCGACUAUGAAGACCUUGCCAACUCAGAAUCUGUCAACUUCCUCAACAAGCUUGCAGUGCUGAAACUCAAUGGUGGUUUGGGUACCUCCAUGGGUUGCGUCGGCCCCAAGUCUGUGAUUGAGGUCCGUGACGGCAUGUCUUUCCUCGAUCUUUCAGUGCGACAAAUUGAGUUCCUUAACCGCACCUACGACGUCAAUGUUCCCUUCCUCCUCAUGAACUCGUUCAACACCAACGAUGAUACUGCUGCCAUUAUCAAGAAAUACGAAGGCCACAAUGUCGAUAUCCUCACCUUCAACCAGUCCCGAUACCCCCGAAUUUACAAGGACUCGCUCCUGCCAGUCCCCAAGGACUUCAAGUCUCCCAUCUCCGAGUGGUACCCUCCCGGACACGGUGACGUCUUCGAGUCUCUGUAUAACUCUGGUGUCCUUGACAAGCUAUUGGAGCGUGGCAUUGAGAUCAUCUUCCUCUCUAAUGUUGACAAUCUGGGCGCCGUCGUUGAUCUGCGCAUUCUUCAGCACAUGGUUGAGACCAAGGCCGAGUACAUUAUGGAGUUGACCAACAAGACCAAAGCAGACGUCAAAGGUGGUACCAUUAUUGACUACGAAGGCUCUGUUCGCCUGCUCGAAAUUGCGCAGGUUCCCAAAGAGCACGUCAACGAGUUCAAGUCUAUCAAGAAGUUCAAGUACUUCAACACCAACAACAUCUGGCUCAACCUCAACGCUAUCAAGCGCGUAGUUGAGAAUGAUGAAUUGGAGAUGGAGAUUAUCCCCAAUGGCAAGACAAUCCCCGGAGACAAGAAGGGAGAGUCUGAUAUUUCCAUUCUGCAACUCGAGACUGCUGUUGGUGCUGCCAUCAGACACUUCAACAACGCUCACGGUGUCAAUGUUCCCCGCAGACGCUUCUUGCCAGUCAAGACCUGCUCCGACCUCAUGCUGGUCAAAUCCGACCUGUACACCCUCAAGCACGGCCAGCUGCAGAUGAGUGCUGCUCGAUUCGGCGACGCUCCUCUCAUCAAGCUUGGAGGUGACUUCAAGAAGGUUUCUGAUUUCCAGAAGCACAUUCCUUCCAUCCCCAAGGUCCUCGAGCUCGACCAUCUUACCAUUACUGGCGCCGUCAACCUGGGUCGCGGUGUCACCCUUAAGGGAACUGUCAUUAUUGUCGCCACCGAGGGCAGCACUAUCGACAUCCCUCCUGGUUCCAUCCUCGAAAACGUCGUUGUUCAGGGUAGCUUGCGUCUGCUGGAGCACUAA